CCCUGAUCACCUCCCUUCCUCACUUGUCGUCUUUUCGUCCCCCUUUUAUCCUUCAUUCGGUUCUAUAUACCGGAUCGCUUUCUUCUUUGUUCCCCCUUUUUGCGGACUGUUUGACCUUUGUGCUCGCCAAGCAUGGCACCCUCAAUCCCGUCCGCUAAGCUGACUCUUUCUUGUCCUCUCUUCGCCGCUGAUUUCGACCCGCGCAAUCCUGGAUUUUUGCUCGUUGCCGGUGGAGGAGGGGAGGGUCGCAGUGGAGUGGGAAACAAAAUCGUCCUUCUCGAUUCCUCUAAACGCCAUACGCUCUCUCCAGUCGUUGAUAUCGACUUGUCGCGCGAUGAAGAUUCGGUGACCUCGCUGGCAGCUGCGCUGCCUACGGAGGACUCGGUCAUUGCCUUGGCCGGCAUCAACAGUUCCGUCGAAGAACAGAAGCGAGAUAACAACCAACAUCUACGGUCCUUUCGCAUCGAUUACCCUCCACGCAAAGCCCUUUCUGGAGCCGAUCAGGUCGUUGAGUCGUCAGAAGACGGCUCGCCUGCUGCGCCGACUCUUGGGAAGACUACGCCCUUGUCGCGCGCCUCGCUCUUCCGCACAGCCAAAGGCUCAAAAACAUCCGACACUUACCAACGCCUUCUGCGCCUUUCCCCGUGGAAGCCCGAUGCGCAGUCCCCUCGCGUAGCUGCCAUCGCAACCGGUCUGGCGGCGACUGGCGAGAUUGUCUUCUUCAGCGCGACCGCUACCCCCGGGCAAUCGGAGGUUAUCGGUCGAGUUCGGCUAGGCAGCGAUGAGGAGGCCGAGGACAUUGAUAUCAUUGAAUUAGACGACGAGACGGGCACCUUCCGCUUUGCCUACAGCAAUGGUGUCGAUGUUAUUGUAGGCCAAGUUGCUGCGGGAACUCGCUCAAAUGCCACGCCGGACAUGCAGUGUAUUUAUACGACACCGGUCCCGGAGAAGGGGCCGCGGACUAGGCCGAAAUUCCGGGCGUUGCGCUUCCUUUCGCCAACCAGUCUACUCCUUCUGCAGAACUCUCCCGACCGUAAGGGCUGUGAGCUGAUGAUCCUUGAUCUCCGAAAUGCGCUGCAAAAAACCACCGAGAAAGCAAGCAUCAUCCGGCGUAAAAAGCUUCGCAAGACCAUCAAAAUCGGUCUUGGUUUGGAUGUCUGCCUUCUAGGCUCUGGGAGCGACGACCCCGUUAACCAGCAGCAGCAGGCCAUCAUCGCAGUCUCUGGAAGCGAUCAAUCCAUCGAGCUUCUGACCCUCGAACUCAAUCCGCUCAGCAGCCGGGGCGGCUACGGCCCUCUCCGUCACUAUACUACUCUCCCCGACGUGCACCCAUUUUCCAUGACCAAGCUUUGCUUUGCUCCCUUCCAUUCACCCCUGCACCCGGUGUCGGCCGCGACUCCUCCGCAAUGCGUUCGAUUGGCCUCGGUCAGCAUGGGCAAUACGGUCGUCGUCCAUACUCUCCCACUCUCGCCCUGCCCCCCCACUAGCCGCAAUCCUCGCUACGUCUUGUCUAUGCCUGGAGAAUCUGAGAUCUGGACCAAUUUCUCCAGCGGGUUUGCCGCCCUUCUCUCCAUCCUCAUUGUCUGCUUCGUCCUGCAGGCGUUCACCGAGAUUCGGGGAGCAAUGCCUCCCUACCUCGGUGCUACCGAAUGGCUCCCCCCGCAUAUCCGGGACGCUGUAGCUCGACCAUAUUACCCUCCUCCUUCCCCACUUCCGCCCUCCCCUCUCCCCCCGGCUGACCUCUCAACCUCGUCCCCGGGAUCACUUGUGGUGGCCAGAGCCCCCAGCAACAGCCCCAUAUGCGCAUCAUUGACCCCCUCCCCCAUUCCUAUCCUCGCACCGGGCAAAUCCUCGUUCAUCUCCUGCGAUCCAGCUACGAAUCUGCUACUUGUGGACUCCACCCCAGCAGAUUCCGUCUCAUCCUACCGCCGUUGGCGAGAUGUCCAAAAGGCCGACCGCGCUCGGUGGACUCGGGGGCUGACCGAGGCAUGCUACGGUCUGUUGCCCGCGUCGGAUCUGGAGUCCGAGUCCGCGUCGGAUGACGAUUCUGUUCCGACCGGUGUGUUCUUCGGGGAUCUGUGUCCUACCAACCCUGUUGAAGACCUGUCUUGAUUGUUUGGCCUCCUUCUUCCUGCGGCUCUUUCUGCCCUCCCCGCAUUUUAUACACUAUUCUUAUGAUAUCGGGUUCAUCAAAUUCGAGGCUUAGCUGGGAAAUCAAGAUAUAAUGAAAUUGAUGCUGCCUGCCCUGCGUUGCUAGGCUUAAAUUAAGAAACAUCACUGAACGGUGAUUAAAGGUUUGGCUGGGUCGAGUGAUAUGUUUGUAUAUACUCGCUUGGUUAUUGCCGCAGUCUUGAAAAUAUAUAGUACCACAGCGGUUCGCCUGAA